UGAUAUAAACUGGGCGCAGGAUUGGCUUUUUAGUGCGCCGGUUUCUGUCUUGACGGAAAGGGCGCGAAACGUGACAUGGUAGAAGUGAGCGGGGUGGGCCGCACGGUGUGUGGUGACCUCUACUCUCCCGGUCGGUGUUGACGGUCCCCGGGGUCCCUUAGAGUGUUUUGGUGUCUGAAGGAUGGACUUGUCAGUGAUUGCCAUUGGAGAUGUGCAAAAUGUGCUUUCAGCCAUGCAGAAGAACUUGGAGUGUCCAGUCUGUUUGGAUGUAAUAAAAGAGCCAGUCUCAACAAAAUGUGAUCACAUAUUCUGCAGGUUUUGCAUGUUUAAACUCCUCAGCAAAAAGAAAAAGGGUGUAAUACAGUGUCCUCUGUGUAAGACUGAAGUUACCAAGAGAAGUCUCAAAGAAAAUUCCAGAUUUAAGCAGCUGAUUGAAGGACUGUUAGAAGCUAUCAGUGCAUUUGAGCUUGACACUGGAGUAAAAUUUUUAAGCAGUCAUUUUCCUAAAACACCCACAGAAGCUGCUAGUGCCGAGCUCCUGGGUAAUAACCAUUCUGUCAUCCAGAGUAAGGGUUUCAGAAACAGGAAAAUAUCUGCUAAAGAAAAUGGACAAGACAGCUAUAACUUGGAAGCUAAUGUGGAUCCACAGCUUACAGAUAACAGAGUCGAAGAGCGUUACCUAACAAGCAAAAAACAGAAGCGUGGCAUUGGAAGAGGUGUACUUAUAGAGCUUGGCACUGAUUCCUCUGAAGAGCUUUUUAUGCUGGCAAGCGAUACUGGCAGGUUAGAAGACGAAGAAGAGCUAGAAGAAUUUAAGAGUGCUGAGAAGUAUGGAAGUUCUUGCAAUACACAGUCACUCAAGCUGGGUGCUGAAGAAAUAACUUUACCAGAUGUCAUAGGUGAAACUGAUUUCUUGAAGGAAGCUUUGAGCAAGAAAAGCAUGCUGAACAUCACUGAACAUGUCAAAUCUAACCACGUAAAUACAAUUGAGGGUCAGAGUUCUCCUUCAAAUGUUUUUGAUGCAGACCUACUCACAGAGCAGUGUGAUGAAAUAGGUAAUGCCAGUCCCUUAAAGAAUAAUUACACAUCUUUCUCUAAUAAUGCAGAAGAAAUGGAUGCAGAGGAAUCUCUAUGCAGUAGUAAAAACCAAGAGCUUGACUUUGAAGAUGGCUCAGAAAGUACUCUGGAUAAAAUAAAAGAUAAGGAUAUUUGUGUGCCAAGUGUGGAAGAUGUAGAAAUGUAUGAACCCAUGAAUGAUUCUUUACUUGAAAAAGAACUUCCUGUGGAGAAACUGCUUCAGCCGAAGAUACCUCACUGUCCUACCCUGCAUGAGGUCUCUAGAAAGAGACUGAAGCAAAGCAUUCAGAAAGUCAAUGAAUGGUUUUCAAAAAGCAAUGAGGUUCUAUCUUCCAGUUCAUUCCAGAAUGAUCCUUCUGAAGCAACUGAUGCUUCAGGUGAAGGAGAUAUUUCUCUAUCAGAUAAAGAUUCAUGUAUUUCAGAGAAGACCAACCCUAUAGUAGAUUCUGUGGAAUUCGUACUGUUUGAAAGAAACAAGAGAUGGCCAAAACAAACAACAUAUAGCAUCAAAGACAAAAUAUUUGGGAAAACAUACGAGAGAGGGAGGAAAUUAAAUCCCUCUACUAUCUUGAGAGAUGUUUUGCCUCCUACAAAAAAAGAAGAUGCAGCUGCUGAAGAGGAGUGCUUGAAUAAUUCCAGAGAAGCCAGACUAAAACGAAAAAGGGAGCCUGCCCGUGUCCUUCAGCCUGAAGACUUCAUUGAGAAGAAAGAUCUAGAAGAGGCAGAUAGAUGCCCUCAGAGUAUUAACUCCAGCCUUGAAGGUGCUGAGAAGAGAAAAUGUGAUGGAAAUUCUGCUGUUAAAGAGAAUCCCCUCCUUGAAAAAAUAAAGGUUAGGAUGCUAACAGAAUUUGAGGAAGGAGGGUUACAGUGGAAAAAUGCUAUAGAAAAGGUGUCAGACAUGCCCUUUGAUGGACAGCUGGAACUGAGUAACUCUGAUCAGAAGAGCACUAAGAAUGCAUGUUCUGCAGCAAAAGGAUGCAGACGUUCAACUAGAACAAGGUGUGCUAUACGUUUAGUAGUUGACAGAAAUCCAGAUUCCUUUGGUCCAGAUGAGCCACUGAUUGAUAGCUAUCCAAGCAGUGAAGAACCAAACAAAGUUGAUUGUGAGCAAAGACAAGUCAGACGCAGCAGGAGGCUUCAGCUACUUUCUAAAGAGACAGGAAAAAUGAGAAUAACUAAGGAAGCAAGAAAUUCUGACAAUGGCCCAGAAGGGUCUGUCUUUGGAGUUGAAAGGAAUGUGUUAGUUCACAAUUCCCAGUGCAAAGACUUGAGGAAGCAGCAGGAUAUACUGAAUUGCACAUCACUCACUGAUCGGAAUGGUGCUGAUCUGGUAGCAAAUGGAAUACGGAUUAGUCCAAAGAAUUCAGCUGAUAUAACGAAAAACAGAAGUCUCUUCAAUCCUACGUUUUCUUGUCAGCAUUCAAAUUUUAAUUCCCCUUCACUCAAAGCAGGUUCUCAAGAAGGGGAAAUGCUAGGUAGACUUUUCCUCCUACAGUCUCCUUCAAAGACUGUUCUGGACACUGCUUCCAUCCUGACUGAAGAGAAGAGGUCUGGGUCAUGGACUGUUUUUCCCCAGGACAAAGGAUGCUGUUCACAGAAUGUUCCCGAGGACUUCAGAAUUGAAAAGUCACCAAUGGCUAAAAAUGUUUCAGAAUUGACCAUGGAAACUGAAGACAGUGAGUUAGACAUGCAGCAUCUGCGAAAUACAUUUAGGAGUUCAAAACGGCAGUCUUUUAGUCUUUAUCCUGCUCCCAUGAAGACAUGUACCACAGAUGAUGUUGAAUCUGAAAAAUUGAAUACUCUGUGUCCUGAUCAAGUAGAAAAAAGGCGUAGUAAAUAUUUUAUGACAGAAAACUUACAAGAAAAGAAAACAACUGCAGAAAAUUUGAGUAGUGUUUGUGAGAAGUUUAAGACAUGUGAAUCUGCUUGUGUUAGUCCUGUGUUGUGCUCUGUCAGCAAUGCUGAACGUGUGCAUGCUGUGGAGCAUCAAGAAGAUAUUUUAAAUGUUGCAAAUCAUGGGAAUCUGACAACACUAGUAAGAAUGUGUGCUGCUAGGAAUGAAGGCAGAAACAGACCACAAGAGGGAGAGCAGGAGAGUGAAAAGACAUUGUCAGCUGACAUAGGGGUAGAAAGCAAAUUGAGACUGAGUCCAGUUGGAAGCAAUAGAAAUCUCAGUGAUCGGAGUCAUGCAGAAGAGCGUGCUUUCCAAAGAACAGACCUGAACACAGUCAGUGAAACAUACUUCAGUUCAGAAAGCAAUCAAGUGGAAAAUGCUGAAGUUGUUGAUGGCAAAGCACCAAUACAACGUUUUCAGCCCAGUCCAAUGGUUUGCCCUACAGCUUGUCAACAAAAUCCAGCUGAGUUCAACUGCAGAGUCACUGAAAAAAAAAUUAGCAAAAAAGAGGAAAGUCUGAUAAAGGGCAAUGAAGAGCAAGUAAUCCAAACUGUCAGCACAGGGUUGUCAGAGUAUUUAGUUAGGGAGGCACUAGAAGAAUCUCUUAAAGUCCACAGUGAUUUUACGGAUCUGUCUGAAACUCCUGAUGGCUUACUGUGUUCUGACAAUGAUACUGAAGAUAGUGCCAGUUUUUAUGUAAUUAAUAGGAAAAACACAUCUGCUGUGUUUGUAAAAAGAAGCGGUGCUGCCCUGGUGAACAUAGUAAAUGAUUCAGUUGUUAGCUGUAAGCCAAGAUCUGAAGGUAUUCAGAGGUCUCGGAGAAGAGCCCAGAAACUGCAAUCUUCAGAUGAAGAAUCUAGUGAGGAUGAAGAUUUACCAUGUUUUCAGGAAUUAAUGUUCGGCAAAUCAGUAAGCACACCUUUGCAGAUCAAAAAACAGGUGACAUCUGUGGUACAGUCUUCAGCAAAUCCCAGCAUGUUGCCUCGCAGUGAAUGUCUUAAUGAAAAUAAUGAACAGAAAACACUUGAAGCUGCCCUAAGCAAUGAGUGUGUUUCACCAAGCCAGGAGUCAGAAUGCUCUGUGAAGUUAUUUUCUUCCCAGUCUAACAUAUCUGAAGAAUCAGUUGAUGGAGCACAGGAGCUGAGGAAGACUUUAACACAAAUGAGCGCCAUAAAUAAGAGUAAGGAAGCUCUUCAAAGUUGCAGUGGAGGGCUGAAGAGAAGAAAAAAUGACUCCAACGAUGAGUACCAAGAAGAUCCAAAUAUGGGGGCAAACCUAGGUGAAGCAUCUGGAUAUGACAGUGAAACAAGUCGUGUAGAGGAUUCACAUGAACCAUUUUCUCAGGGUGAAAUUCUUUCUACACAGCAGAAGAAUGCUAUGCAGAAUAACCUAAAAAAGCUACAAGAAGAAAUGGCUGUGCUUGAAGCAGUGCUAAAGCAGCAUGCAAGUCAGGACACUGAGGUAUUGCCCUUAUGUAGAGAACUGCCAUAUUCCAGUAGUGGAGGAACGCUUGGAAUGGAGCAGAUGAGACAAGAAACGGAAAAUGCGUCUGAGCAUGACUCUGAGACCAAGCUAAGUAAGGCACCUGUUUUACCAGUUCUCUGCAGAAAUGUGACCAGCAAUCCAAAUAGCUCUUCCUCCUCCGUAAAGCACCCUUGCCCUCAAACUGCGCAAACAACAAAUAAUUCUGCUGUAGCUCAGUGUGAUAACAAAAGCAGUGUUCGAGUACGUGAAUCAAAGAGAAAUGUAUGUUUUCCUACAUCUGUAUUGCACAGUGCAGCUGGGAAAGAAAAUGCUGCAAGUUCAGGUACAACUUACAGGACAGAAAUGUCAAUUGUGGCAUCCGGUCUGAACCAAAGUGAACAUGUGAGUAUAUUUUGGAAUGUUUGGAGACUCACUGUUAAUAAACCCAUUGAUCGCUGUAGUCCUCAAUAUAGAGAUUGGAUCCUAUAG